AUGCCCAUCCUGCCUCCAGAUAUCCAGGCCAUGGAUGCCUUGGCCAAGUCUCAGAGCGCUGAGGAGGACCUCCUCAAAGCCAUCGGCAGGCAGAUCGUCUACCACAUGGUGGACUUCAGCGUAAAGGACGUGGCCAACACUGCAAGUUCUUGCCAGCGCAUGCUGGUGAAGGAUGGGGCAGUGCUGGAAGCCAUGGUGCGGCAGGACAGAGACGAUGGCAGCGUUUUAUAG